UUGGUCCACAUGAGAACACACACAGGUGAGAAGCCUUAUACUUGUAAAAUCUGUGGAAAAGGUUUUGGAUGUAAUGGUAGUUUGUUGGUCCACGUGAGAACACACACAGGUGAGAAGCCUUUUACUUGUAAAAUCUGUGGAAAAGGUUUUGGAUGUAACGGUAAUUUUUUGGCUCACAUGAGAAUACACACAGGUGAGAAGCCAUAUACUUGUAAAACCUGUGGAAAGGGUUUUGUACAAAGCAGUAGUAUGUUGGCCCACAUGAGAACACACACAGGUGAGAAGCCUUACACUUGUAAAAUCUGUGGAAAAAGUUUUGGAUGUAACGGUAGUUUGUUGGUCCACAUGAGAUCACACACAGGUGAGAAGCCUUUUACUUGCAAAACCUGUGGAAAGGGUUUUGGACGUAACAAUAAUUUAAUGGCCCACAUGAGAUCACACACUGGUGAGAAGCCAUAUACUUGCGAAUCCUGUGGGAAAAUUUUCAGGUUUAAAAGUAGUUUGUUGGUCCACAGGAGAUUACACACUG